AUUACAGGUAUUGCUACAAAGAACAUUCUCUCCCUUUGUUAAUCUCUCUGCACAGCAGGAUUACAGAGGAUCAUAAUCUCUCUCCAAAAAAAAUCCAAAGCAAAACAAAAGCAAACAGUUGCCAAUUUGUUUCCUAAGAAUAAAUCUUAAAAAGAAAGAUCUAGGAAUUACUAGUGAAAACAGGAGGUUCUGGUCUGACAUUGACCAGCCUUUUUGCUAAGAGGAAACAUCCCUACAUGCCUUCCCCUGGAGCACAUGGAACAGGCAGACUUUUUGCAGAAACAGAACUGAAGUCCUUCUCCUAGAAUCACUAUUAUUUUGUAUUAUUCAUAUGUGAAAGCUGUCUGCAGUAGUUCGGUCAGACAGGACAAGCAAGGCAGUCAGAAUCAUGUGGGCCAGGUUUCUGAAUGAUUAAAGGCAGUAUGCAUCUAGGGUGCAGAAGAAUCUAAAUUCAUGAAAGAUGCAUUGAGAAUUUCAACAGUCUCCCAGGGACUCAAUGUGAGAGAAGAAAAAAAAAAAAAACAAUAAACAAACCCUUCGACGUGAAUGUCAGAAAAUGACUCAGUCAAGGCAAGUCAUAGGAACAGCUUAAAAGAAACUAGUUCCUUCACCUGGCAGUGUUGCCACUUCUUAAGAGAGUAUCUCUCAAAAUGGUGGCUGCUCCCCAGUGCUUUGGGCUGGAGAAAAGGCACUUACUGAGCUAAUCGCAUCGAGGAGAUGUUUCUACUGGUGGCAGCAGCAGAAGUGCUGUUUGUUCUGGGUUUUGCGUGGAAGUCAGAUUCACUUUGCUCACCCACUACUUUUUACAAAAACUGCUGGAUCCGACGCUUCCCAGGUCUUCUGAUUGAUCUGCAGGGAUCUCAGAAGAGGGGAGCCCAGGUGCUGAGGAUUUAUACAGAAGUCACAGCACAGCAGUGCAGCAGGACCUGCUGCCUUAUGAAGAAUGUUUCCUGUAACCUGGCAGUUUUCUACUUUGAAAGUAUCCAUGAGAACAUUAAUUGCGUGCACAUUUAUUGUCCAGCAUUGGAAAGCUGCAUAUUGAAGCCCGCAACCAAUGUUACUUUGUACAACAUCACAGCAGGGAUUGAUCCAGAUCUCCUUGUUUUUGAAAAAUUCUCUUAUAAAGAUCCAAAUACCCGUUCCUCUUUUAACAAAUGGGAAAAGCAAAACAACUGCAGGACUGCUGAUUCAGAGAAAUGCCGGCACAAUAAUGUCACAUGGAAGGCUCUUCUUCUCCAAUCUCCAUCUUCUACAACUAGCCAGGGCUUGGUAGCAAAUGAUAGUCACACCCACAAUGGCAGUGGCUUGGUCCCAAAAACCAAACCAACCACACAUUUAUGGGCAAGGUCUCUACCACUGGAGGACCAAUUUGCUAAGGAAACAGAUUUGACUUCGGAAAGUACAGGUUUGACAUCUACUUCAGAAAAAAAGAUGUCUGUAUCCACUAAGAUGUUAUCCCAUAUGCCCAGUCUUGCUCGCCUAAACAGCAGUAAGCAGCACUUCAAUGAAACCAAAGGAUACAGCGGCAGGAACUACACUUCAGAUAACAAGGGUCAAAUACCUGCUUGGCUAGCAUUGGAUACAAGUGCCUGGUUUGUCCCUGUGGUGUUUUGUUCUUCUUUCAUCUUUCUUUGCUUCUGUACUGUUCUUCUGGCAGCUGGGUGCUGCAAAAAGAGGAGAGGUCACUAUAAACCAGUGCAGAGAGGCGAGAUUGGGACCAGGCAGUACAUAAAAUAUACUCUUGUAAAAGAUACUUUGUGAUUGCAGAUACCAAAAAUAAUAAUAAUAAUGAGGAACUAAUUAAUUUGCAUCACUUGUGCUGGUGGAAGAAGAAGUAGCAGCUCUAUUUAGUGAAAUACCUCUCACCAUUUAUUUCUUAGUUCAAAAUCUCCAAAUUUUCCUAAUUUUUGGCAGAUGUCUCUGCAACUUUUGGUAACACUGUCGAUUAAACAUCCUGUUAUAAUUCUCUUUUUAUGAUGCACUGAUCCACAGAGAUAUAGGGUCAAAUUCUAUCUAGUCAUAUGCACAUGCCCACAACUGCCAGUGAACUUAGAGGUGUUUGUAUAUAUCUUGGUUUAUAAUUGGAUCCAGAGUAAUUUACAUUUAGAAACUUUUCCCAACCUUUCUGUAGAGACAAUGGUUCUCCACUUCCUCUGUGCACUCUUUUCCCUGCCUUAUUUUGUAUAACAUGUAAAGUGUGUGUAAAAUGCAACCAUAGCAGAAAAGCAGCUAUUUAUACUUACUUUGGCUAA